CUCAAAGUAGACAAAAGUCUUAUGCUGAUAAGAGAAGAAGAGAUUUAGUGUUCACAAUUGGAGACAAAGUGUUCUUACGAGUCUCUCCCAUGAAAGGUGUGAUGCGAUUUGGGAAAAGAGGCAAGUUGAACCCCAGGUUUAUAGGACCGUAUGAGAUACUAGACCGAGUGGGAGCUGUGGCUUAUCGUCUGGCACUUCCUCCUGAGUUAUCCUUUAUUCAUCCAGUUUUUCAUAUCUCAAUGUUAAGGAAAUGUAUAUCAGACUCAUCUCAGAUAAUUGAAGCCCCUACUAUACCGCUUGAUAAAAAGUUGUCUUACGAGGAGGAACCGAUGACAAUUGUUGAUAGACAAGUACGAAAGCUACGGUCAAAAGAAAUUAUGUUCGUUAAAGUUUUGUGGAGAAAUCAUACCAUUGAAGAAGCUACUUGGGAAGUAGAAAAAGAUAUGCAAGCGAAGUAUCCCCAUUUGUUUCAAUCUACAGUUGUCAUAUUAGGUUGUUUGAUCGCUGAUUUGAGACAGGAAAUUUUUGGGAUGAUGGCUAGGACACGCACACCCUCAUCUGCUGGACGUGGUGCUGGAGCACUACCCGGGGUGGAGGUCAAGUUGGGGUUCAUCAAACUAGAAGACAGACUGCUCCUCAACCUCAAGUUGGGAACAUAG